AUGCCUGCCAGGGAGGCGGAUCGGCUCAUCUCCGUGGCUGGAAAGGCUCGAUGUUACAAUUACAACAUGGGGCUUCAAGUGUCUAUUACUGUGGAACACCAAUAUCCGUGCAUUUUAGUUACGACUAAGUGCCACACCAAUGAAUGUGAAUGUCUGUUCAGUGUCCAUCUUGGUUCUGGUGAAUUGAUUUGGGGAACUCUUGAAAUCUGUUUCUUGUAUAUUGGCCAUGAUAACUCUUCACCUGACAUUCUGCAAUGGCUUCCAGCCAGGUAUGUUAGUUUGUGUAUCAUUCAUGCCAUGGGUUUUCUUGUUGCUGCUAUUCCUCGUGGAUAUUCAAGAGGCAACUUGGCACCUAAUGUCAACAGCAUGCUUAUUGGUGACGAGUGA